AUGAAACAAGAAAACGAAGAGACAACUAUAGAGGAUGAGCAGACUUUGACCAGCCUGGGGCCAACACACCUGCCCCAAAUGGAAGAGGCUAAGCGGAGAAUCACAUAUGAAGCAAACUUGAGCUCCGCUGUUAACCAUGAGAAGGCGCCGUCCACGGAGUCUAGACCGCCGAGGAUAAGCAGCCAUUCGGUUCGCACCACUGCGUUGGCGCCGGAAGAGGUGCUCUUCCGCCGAAAGGCUGCGCCUGGGCGCUUUGCUGAGUUCGAUGUUUACAUGGCACAUGAACGGAAUCUACCAGAUGGCGGCCGCGGAUCCCUGCCAGAUGCUGACCUUCUCAAAGCCGUACACUCUUAUGCAAGCCACUUUUACUCUACUCUCGGCGGACAGCAGCGCAAUGCAUCCUACCAUGUUGGCGCUCGAAACAUUGACGAAAGAAGCAUGGAUGAAACCGCUCUACUUGCUUUUGGCAUUCUAAUCGAGGAGGCUGGCAGAGAGGUCCUGGGUAACAGGGGAGAUAUGGUCUUCACAGAGGGUCUAGACGUUCCCGCAGAUGCCAACUCGCCGCCAGAAAUCCGCCCUAGUAUUGACAAUGGUUCAAGCCAAUCUCGUCCUGGAAAUCAAAUGCGAGUCCCAAUGUCAGUUGGUUUCACCGAUAUUGGCUCGUGGAAGAGACCCUCAAAGAGACGGAAAAUGACCGACCCUGACAACAUCUAA